ACACCAAUGGCGUUAAUGUACGAGUCUGCCCGCCCAUGAAACCCUAUGAUCACUCCAUUCUCGGCAUGGAAACUAAAGUACGUGCCAACUUCCUUCCCAAAAUGUCCGUAUUUGCAACGAUUCGUAAUUAUUUUAAGGGAAGUCACUACUUUUCCAUUGUCGUAGUAAUGUCCCACACUCCCACUUACGCCCGUAACAAACUCGUAUGGAUAAUCGAUAUCAAUCUGAAACAAAAUACAGAGGACGUACGGACAGAAAAUUUUAAAAAUAAAAAUAAAAAGAAAAAAUUAAUUUAUUCGCACUCACGUUAUAUCACCACCCUUUCCUCCAAAACGUUUGGUGGUAGCCUCGGCAUGGUCUUUGAACACGAUCGAGUCAAUUAUAUCGCCAUGACUGAUAAUAAUUUGCCUUAUUCCAAAUUUAGCCCUCCAAUUCCAAGGCUUUCC